ACAAAUAGUAUUGUCGUCAGACUGCUCCCAUACUAUUCCAAGAAACUAUUAAACGACUGACUCUGGCCAAGUUGUGGAUAAACAAUUAAGUUGGUUAUUGGAUAAUGAUAAUUGGUGGCGAGACUACUUGAGUGUUUUUGUUGUGUUGCGGCAGGAAGACAAGUUUUUGAAAAAAGUUGAGAGUCGGUUGGAUGGGCGGGGAGGAGUGGAACGGCAAGUUUUGACCCCCUGGUGACGUCAGAGCAUCUGAGUGGCAAACGACAUUCGAAAGGGGUAUAAAGCGGUGAACCUGAAAAGCGGACAGCAUUCGACUUGAUUCGGUUCGAUCAGAUCGCAGCAUCCUCCGCCAUGUUCAAGAACGUCCUCCUCGUCUGCCUGCUGGUGGCUGUGGUCAGCGCCAAGCCCAAGCCAGCUGAGAAGAAGCAGUACACCACCAAGUACGACAACAUCGACCUCGACGAGAUCCUCAACAACCAGAGGCUGUUCGACAACUACUACAAGUGUCUGCUGGGAGGCAAGUGCACCCCUGACGGCCAGGAGUUGAGAGAGGCUCUCCCCGACGCUCUGGCCACCGCCUGCUCGAAAUGCACAGAGAAGCAGCGCGUAGGAACCGAGAAGGUGAUCAAAUAUCUGAUCGAGAAGAAGCCAACCGAAUACAGCGAGCUGGAGAAGAAGUACGACCCCCAGGGCAACUACAAGCGCAAAUACCAGGCUGAAGCCGCCAAGCGAGGCAUCAAGGUCUAAUUCGUCAACCUUAAGGUCCGACCCAUCCUUGAAGGUCUUCCUUCGUCCUCAUCAUCACCACCACCUCAUCAUUACAGCCUGUGAUCGCAUCCGCAAGGAUGAAAGUCUGAAGUUUUCCACUUUCUACUCAAUUGUUUAAAUUAAAUUACACUAUUUAAUUCGUUACA